AUGUGGUUUGGGCGGCUGCUUCUCUUCGUGUCUUUCUGCCGCUACGCCGUCGGCGACGUGUAUCUGCACAACCCCAGGGGCUCCAACAACAAGCUCAGCGAGCAGCAGAACAACGCACAGAACCAGAACCGGCUCUUCGACUCCCAGAACAACGCGCAAGGUGGUUACCAAAUUGGCGACAACUGUCAGAACGCUUGCCAGGACGAAAACCGGGACUACGAUGCCACCAAGGGCGGUGCCAUGAAGGGGCACAUGACCUACUACCAGGGCUCCGAGCUCUACAUCGAGUGGGUGGUGCAACACGGCUGCGGCUUGGGCCAGCCCAACGUCAUCUGCCAAAUGGUGCUUCAGUACAUGUGCGAGAAGGACAACCCAGGCAUCCGAGACGGCACCAAACGCGGGAACCAGAACACCGCCGGCGGAGAGGAGGAACCUCCAACCGCCCUGGAGGCAGCCGAGGAGUCACUUGGCCAGCACGAGCCUUUCGACUUCUACAUCAAAUGCAAGGAGCGCGAACGCCAGAAGGGGCUGUACACAGCUGAUCAGAAUGUCAACAACAACCGUGGGGCCACGGCCACGCGGCAGAACCCGAAUGGUAACGGCAACAACGAUCGGAAUGGCCUGGAGUGCCCCGAGGAGCGUGAUUAUUACCCGUACUGGCAUCCUACACCCUGGCACGACAUCGCCAUCAUUACCGACGAGCCGACACGACGGUGUGCCUACUACCAAAGUGAGUCCCAGAACGUGAAAGCCAAAGGCUCCUGCAGCGAUGCGCAACACAACCACGCAGAAGCCUGCAUCGAUGCCGGUGCGGAAUGGCAGGAGACUCCCGCACAUGGGGAACCUGCGCCAGAGUGCGUGGCCGGCAUGAGCUCCCGGGACAACCACAAUGGAAACGCCCGCGGCGGGCGACCCAACUACUACCUCUGGAAGAUCCCGGACUACGUCGAGGGCCGAUGCGUUCUGCGGCUGCGCUACAACAUCACCACCGGGGACUUCCGGCCAACGUCCCUGGCCGCCGGCGAGGGCCCGGCCACGAACCAGAUGGAUUUGGGGGAGGACUACUUCGCCCUGGACAAGGCCCUGAACGAUCCAGACCCCGGCCAGCGCCGGCGAGCGCCCUUCAAGGGCGGACCUCCCGUUCUUCCACAAGAUCCCGUCGGUGACUGGUUGGACCUGGGUGAGGACUUCCAGUUACAGCUGCAGGUGAACACGAAUCAGUACGGCCGCACCUUUCAGGACCGGAGCCAUACCUUCGUCGUGAGUCCCCGGCCUUCCAAAGUGCCCAGCUCGGCGCGAAUCGUCAACUACAACGUCCGCGGCCGCCGCGGAAACAUCGUCCAGGUUUAUCCAUCCGUGGAGUACGACUUCGUGCCGCAGGACCUGACGGUGUCUGUGGGCGACUUCCUUCACUUCCAGUGGACGGGCUCCGACGCCAACGCCAAGGGCAACGACGGCAAUGGGAGGCAGAGCACGGACCGCUCCAAUCUGGUGCAGGUGGCCGACAGCGAGGAGACGGUGCCUUUGCCCUGGCUCCAACACCGCCUGCUCCUGGACGCUUCCGCAUCGCCGGACGAGGCCAAGGAGCUGGUGCGGAGGUUUGCCUAUCUUGGCCAGUCUCCGGAUCUCUGCGAUGCGGAAGAGAACAACCAGAAUAGCAUCCAGAACUGCAAGCAGCUCAACGGUGCUCCCGCCUACUUCGACGGUGGCCUGGUGGAGAUGAAGACGCUGGGCAGCCACAAGGUGGUGAGCACUCGAAACAACGACUUUUCGAAUCGCUCGCACAAGGCCACAAUCCUGGUGGUUCCUCGCAGCUGGAGCUGGCAAGAGGUGUUGCUGCUGGUCGCGGGACUGGCAGCCGCGCUGGGCUUGCUCGCCUACCUCUCCCUUGCCGUUUACGCCUUGAAGCACCCGAAGAGUUGGCUCUUCUCCAGGAGGUACCGCCCGCGUGUCCUGCGUUACCUGGUGGGCCAACAGAGACUGCAGGAUCAGAUCCAAAAGCGAAAGGAGUGGAAGCUUCAAGAGCAGCAGCGAUGGAAGAAUCUUGACAGCCCAGGUCCAAACGAGCCCGAGGAGGCGCUGGCCGACGCUGAGGCGCCAAGGUCCAAGCCGUCGCGUUGCUACCGGUGCCUCUUGGCCAUUGGCCUUGGCGAAGGACAGCGCUUGGCGAUGAUUUGCUUGAUCCUCCUGAACGUCGCUACCUUCGCCUGGGGCUUCUUCCUUCACGUGGGCUUGGGCUUCCAGGCGACCCUGGCCUAUCCCAUGGCCAAGGGCGCCGGCUUCGCGCUGGACCUGGACCUGGCCUUGCUCUUGCUGCCCACCUUGAAAUCCCUGCAGACGGCUCUGCGUGGCAAAGGAGGCAAGGCACGGGAGUGGAUGCCGCUGGACGACCCCAUCUCCUUCCAUAUCGCCGUGGCGACGCUGAUUGCGCUGAACAGUGUCGUACACGUUGGGUCGCACGUGAUCCACAUCGCUCACAUCGCAGGGUCGCCUGUCUUGCAGUCGGACCCCUUGGAAGCCUGGCGCCUCUCCGAGGAGGAGCGGCUUUCUGGCAGCUCCGUUGUGGAGCUGCUGCUCUCGCGCUCCAACUUCACAGGCAUCUUCAUUUCGGCCUUGAUGUGCAUCCUCUAUGCCACGGCGCUGCCGUCGGUCCGUCGGGCCACCUGCUGCCUGGCGCGGCGCUGCGGCGGCUUCCGACUCUUCCAGCGGGCCCACAGCCUUUGGCCGCUGAUUUACCUGCUGCUCCUGGCCCACGGCACUUCCAGGUUCUGGGUCUGGAUGUUCUUCCCCUUCCUCUUCGUGGCCGUGGACCGGCUGCUGCUCUGGCAGCGCCAGCGCUACCCUUUGGUGCUCACCUCCGCCCGGCUGCUCCUCUUCGACGUGAUGCACCUCACUUUCGAAAUCCCCGAAAACUUCAAGUACCAGGCCGGGCAGUACGUGAUGCUCCAGUGGAAGGGUGAAUGGCAUCCCUUCACACUCACCUCCGCACCCGAGGAGAGGCGGCUGACCGUCCACAUCCGCGCGAGCCCGCAGCUGGACUGGUGCUCCGCCUUGCGCCGGCACCUCCUCGCUGAGGCACCCCAUGCGGCGGCCGGCGGCACGGACCUCGCCAAGGAGCCGGCGCCGGGAACGGAGGUCUGCUUCGAGCGGCUCCAGCUGCCCAACGGCAAGGUGUGCUGCAAGGCUCAGCCGACGGCGCGGACGUCUCUGAAGGGCACUGGCUCCUCACAGGAAGUCAGCUUCGACCUCCCCCGAGUGGACGGUGCCAUCGACGCAGGGCGCUCUGCGGGCCGCGAGCGGGUGGACUCGGAGGAUUCGGAGGCCUUGAUGCAGACGCAGAAAGCUCCUGCGGGCACGGUGGAACUCCAGCUCCAGGGGCCUUUCGGAGCCCCGGCGCAGCGCGUCUGGGAGUUCAAGACGGUGAUGGUGGUGGGCGCCGGCAUCGGCGUCACCCCGUUUGUUUCCAUCCUCCGCUCUGUCCAAAUGCGGAUGCAGCAGCAGCUGCUCCUCUCCGCGGCCUCGAGAGGCGAUUCGGAGGUGGCGCCCAAGGGCCGGUCUGCACGGGCAGAAGCCAGCCACGCCAUGGCUCCCCCAGAGAAGGAGGCGCGCGAGGCGACCGACGACGCUCCGCGGCGGGCUUCCCUGAACCUCCCUGUCUCCGAGAAGAAGAAGACAUCCCAGGCGGGGGCAUCGGCCCAAGGAGCUUCCCGCAGCUCUCGUGGUGCCGGAGAGGCCACGGCGGCGGCAGCCGCUAACGGCGGUAUCGUCGGCUUGACGGAGAUCUCGCCCAGUGUCGUGGGCGCCACGUUGGGUGCGACCCUGGAGGAGCCGAGCAUGCAGGCACCGCCUCCAAGAGCGCCUCCGCAGUCGAAGAAGAAGAAGGAGAAGCCUGUCUCCAGCAGCGCGAAAGCGGGCCUCGGCCUUCAGAGCCAGGGCCAGGGCCCCUCGGACUUGGUGGAUCAGCUCGUCAACGAUGUGAUCCCUGUGCCCAGAUACAUCCACUUCUACUGGAUCGUCCGCAACCAGCAGGAGCUGGACUGGUUCUACGAUUUGUUGGCCACGGCCGUGGAGGGCCCUGCCAAGGAGCGUAUCGAGGUGAACCUCUUCACCACCGGUGAGGUGGAGCUCUCGGCGGUGAAGGAGCUGAAAUGCGUGCACCACCAGUACUUCGGGCGUCCGAACUGGGGCCGCAUCUUCAAGGGCUGCAAGGCCCAGCACGUGGGUGAACACGUCGGCGUCUUUCUCUGCGGUUCCCCCAUCAUUGGAGAGGAGCUCUCGCGCCAGAGCUUGAAGCACAGCGACCCGCCAGAGCACUCGAACCGAACCCGCUUCUCCUUCUUCAAGGAGCACUUCUGA